AUGGCUGGUGAAACCUGUAGCCCGGCUCCCAGCGAACUGGACGCGGCUGUAUUGAUCCGCUGUCCCGCUCGGCAAGGCGGCCGCAAAAUUCACUAUGCUGGUGCUGCUGACAGUUCAGUUCAGUUUAUCUUCUAUCAGCCUAUCAUUCACCUAUGGAGAGAAACUGAUUUUUUUCCUUGUUCAGCAUCCUGUGGAGGAGGUUAUCAACUGACAUCUGCUGAAUGUUUUGAUCUCAGAAGCAGCCGGGUAGUAGCAGAUCAAUACUGUCACUAUUACCCUGAAAAUAUCAAGCCAAAGCCAAAGCUUCAAGAGUGCAAUCUGGAUCCUUGUCCUGCAAGUGAUGGAUACAAGCAGAUCAUGCCCUAUGACCUCUACCAUCCCCUUCCUCGGUGGGAAAGUACACCCUGGACUGCCUGUUCCUCCUCCUGCGGAGGGGGCAUUCAAAGCCGCAGUGUCUCAUGUGUGGAAGAAGACAUUCAGGGGCAUAUCAGCCCUGUGGAAGAAUGGAAAUGCAUGUAUACUCCAAAGAUGCCUGUUGUCCAGCCUUGCAAUAUAUUUGACUGCCCAAAAUGGCUUGCUCAGGAAUGGUCUCCGUGCAUUGUUACCUGCGGACAAGGACUGAGAUACCGUGUGGUCCUUUGUAUUGAUCACAGAGGGCUGCAUACAGGAGGCUGUAGUCCUAAAACAAAGCCACACAUAAAAGAAGAAUGCAUUGUACCCACUCCUUGCUACAAACCCAAAGAGAAACUUCCCGUGGAAGCAAAGUUGCCAUGGUAUAAGCAGGCUCAAGAGAUGGAGGAAGGAGCUGUGGUGUCUGAAGAACCAUCGUUUAUUCCUGAGGCUUGGUCCACUUGUAGUGUCACCUGUGGAGUGGGCAGCCAAGUGCGGCUUGUGAAAUGCCAAGUGCUCCUCUCUUUCUCUCAGUCUGUAGCUGACUUGCCCAUUGAUGAAUGUGAAGGUCCCAAACCUGUGUCUCAGAGAGCUUGUUACAGUGGUCCCUGCAGUGGGGAGGCAACUGAAUAUAGCCCAGAGGAAACUGAGAUCCUAUAUGGCAGCUUGCAGGAGUUUGAUGAGCUCUAUGACUGGGAAUAUGAGGGCUUUACAGAAUGUUCAGAGUCCUGUGGAGGAGGUGUCCAGGAGGCUGUGGUGACCUGCCUGAACAAACAAACCAGAGAGACUGUGGAUGAGGUGCUAUGUGUAACCAGCCGUCGUCCUCCACAGCUGCUGAAAGUCUGUAGCCUGGAUCCCUGCCCUCCAAGAUGGGAAAUUGGUAAAUGGAGCACCUGCAGUCUUACUUGUGGGGUUGGAUUGCAGACACGUGAUGUCUUCUGUUCUCAUCUGCUAUCAAGAGAGACUAACGAGACUGUGAUUUUGGCAGAUGAAUUAUGCUAUAAACCUAAGCCAUCCCUUGUGCAAGCCUGUAAUCGUUUUGACUGCCCACCCUCGUGGUAUCCUACAGAGUGGCAAGAGUGUUCACAGACAUGUGGUGGUGGUGUCCAGAAGCGAGAUGCACUUUGUAAGCAGCGCCUGGCAGAUGGAAGCUUGUUAGACCUACCAGAAACCUUCUGCUUCACACCAAGGCCUGUUACCCAACAUGCCUGUAAAAAUGAAGAUUGUCCCAGUGAGUGGCUUCUCUCUGACUGGACACAGUGUUCAGUGAGCUGUGGAGAGGGUACCCAGAGUCGAAAUGCCAUUUGCAGAAAGGUGCUAAAAACAGGGGGUUCUGUCAUCAUCAAUUCCUCACUGUGCCCACCUUUGCCUUUCUUGUCCUUGACCAGGCCCUGUGCACUGGGCAUCUGUGCAAGGCACAACAGGCCAGCUCAUAAGCAAAGCCCCCGUAUUAUGGCCAUAAAGAAAGUUUACAUACAAGUAAGAAAGCAGAAGAAACUACAAUUUAUUGUGGGUGGGUAUGCCUACUUGCUGCCCAAAACCUCCGUUAUUCUCCAAUGCCCUACAAGGAGGUUCCGGAAAUCAAUGAUCUCUUGGGAGAAGGAUGACAAGAAGCUUAUCAGCUCAGCUCAUAUCACCAUUGCACCCUAUGGGUACCUGAAAAUCCAUUGUUUGAAGCCUUCAGACACUGGGACUUACACCUGCACAGCAGGACCAGCCCAAGAGCAUUUUGUCAUUAAAAUGAUUGGAAAUAACAAGAAGAUCAUUUCUCAGCGGCCAACUGGCAUUAGGGAGGAAGAGGCCAUGGGAAAGACCAGCUUAAAUGAAGCCUUGCAAGCACAGGAUAAACAUAUCAAUGGGAUUCUCUUCAAUGGGAGCAAGGCUGAAAAGCGAGGGCACCUUGCUGACCUCAGUAGCUGGUAUGAUGAUAUUGUCUCAAGGUUGCUGCAGUACAGGGACUGGCCCAGGGAAAAUCUGGAUUCCUGGGAAGCCCAGGAUUCCACAGAGAGAAACACAUCCUCAGAGGAGGACCUGAGUUGGGAGUAUAGCCUGCCAUUUACUAUGGUCACAGAACAGAAACGCUUGGAUGAUAUCAUAAGGAACUUAUCUCAACAGCCUGAGGAACUUAAGGAUGUCUACACUGAACAACUUGUUGUGCAGUUGGCUCAUGAGGUUUUCAAGAGCCACUUGGAGCACCAGGGAUCUGUCCUAAAAGCAUUAAGGCGAAGAGUAGAUUCAGCCUUGGUGGAGUAUCCUGUCCACAGACACAUUUCUGGAUUUACCAGCUCCCUGAGGACUUCGUCUGCAGAAGCAUUUCUUCCCACCUCUCUGGACCUGGCAAAUGGCUUGCGCAGACCUCACCAAAAGCCUGCCAUCCUGCGAAAGAUUUCAGCAGCACAACAGCUUUCUGCUUCAGAGGUUGUUACCCACCUGGGACAGACAGUGGUCCUAGCUGGUGGCACACUGAGUGUGCUGCUUCACUGCGAGGCAGUGGGAAACCCAAAGCCCACCAUCAGCUGGGCUAAGAAUGGAGAGGAGGUGAAAUACAACGAUAGGAUGCUACUUCAGCCUGAUGACUCCUUGAAGAUUCUAGCACCUGUAGAAGCUGAUGUAGGUUUCUAUGCUUGCAAUGCGACCAAUGCCCUGGGAUCUGACUCUGUCUCCAUUGCUGUCACUCUGGCAGGAAAGCCACUGAUAAAGGCAUCAAGAGCUACUGUGACCAACACUGAAUCGCCUGCUGUCACUGUUGAUAUUGGAAGCACAGUGAAAACAAUCCAGAGAGCAAAUGUUACCAUUAGCUGCCAGGUUGCAGGUGUUCCUGAAGCAGAAGUUACUUGGUUUAAGAACAAGGUCAAGCUGUCCUCUGCUCACCAUCUGCCUGAUGGGUUGCUGCUAAUUGCAAAUGUUUCUCUGUCAGAUCAGGGUUUGUACUCCUGCAAGGCAGCCAAUCUUCGUGGGGAGGUAACUGAAAGUUCCCAGCUGUUGGUUCUUGAGCCUCCACGUCCUCUUCCUUACCUAGAAGACUUGACAGCAGCGCUUUCCAGUGCUGGGACCAGCACCCAUUCAGUGCUGACCUCUCCUUCAGGAACAAAAAUUACCAUCAGUCCAGGGAGCUCUGCUCUAAUAGGUUGUGCUGUGGAUGGCCAUCCAACCCCGAACGUCACCUGGCUUUACUCUGGCGAGCCUCUCAGUCUGCGGCAUCACCUCCUGGCAGCAGGCAGGAUUCUUCAGAUAUUCAAUGUCAGUGAUGCUCCUGAUGGUGAAUUUAGCUGCCUUGCUCAGAAUGAGGCUGGCUCCCUCACACAAAAAACGUUCCUAGCUAUACAAGAAUACCAAUGGUCAGUGGACAAGCUGAUGGCUUGUUCAGCUUCUUGUGGCCACAAAGGGGUGCAACUGCCCCAGCUGAGGUGCUUACUGGAUGGGGCUGAAGUCAACAUAUCCCACUGCAAAGAGAAGCCCAAGCCAACCCUGCAGCCCAUCGCAUGCAACAGGAGAGACUGCCCUUCACGGUGGAUGGUAACAUCAUGGUCUCCUUGCACACAGAGCUGUGGUGGAGGCAUCCAGAUGCGGCGAGUGACAUGUCAGCGCCUGACAGCAAAAGGCAACUCCAUCCCAAUGUCAAACGAAGCUUGUGCCCAGGUGUCCAAGCGCCCUGUGGACACACAGGCCUGUAACAGGCAGCCCUGUGUUGAGUGGGUGGCCUCCUCCUGGGGCCAGUGUAAUGGGCCUUGCAUUGGACCACGACUGGCUGUACAGCACAGACAGAUAUUUUGCCAGACCAGAGAUGGGACUUCUGUGUCAUCAGAUCGAUGCAGUGCCUUACCAAGGCCUUUAAGCACCCAGAACUGCUGGACCAAUGCCUGCAACGUGCACUGGAAAGCACCACUGCUCCUGGAGGCCACGGCCGGCCAACUGCCGGUGCUGGAGCACCACUGCUCCUGGAGGCCACGGCCGGCCAACUGGCAGCGCUGCAACAUCACCCCCUGUGAAAACAUGGAGUGCAGAGACACCACAAGGUACUGUGAGAAAGUGAAGCAGCUCAAACUCUGCCAGCUCACCCAGUUCAAGUCACGCUGCUGUGGGACUUGUGGAAAAGCUUGA